AUGAGCCAACACCCAAUUGUUCAGCGGCUGCUUGAUGUUAAAUUUGACACUCAACGAUUCAUCAAGCUCGCGACACAUGGCGGUAAGAAUUUCCCGGAUGCUGAAGGUCGCAAGUUUUUCAGUGAUCACUUUUAUGUGACCAUUCAGGCUGCCGUUUUGUACGUCGUUGUUGUUUUUGGAACCAAGUUCAUCAUGCGCAAUCGCGAGCCAUUCAAGCUCACUGUCCCUCUCAACAUCUGGAAUUUCAUCCUCGCCGUUUUCUCAAUCGUUGGAGCCAUUAAAAUGACACCAGAGUUCUUCUCAGUCCUUUUGAACAAAGGAGUCUCGAAUUCGUACUGCUACGUUUACGAUUUCACGAAAGGAGAAAAUGGAUAUUGGGUGUGGCUGUUUAUGGCUUCUAAACUUUUCGAGCUCGUUGACACCGUAUUUCUUGUCUUGCGCAAACGACCACUCAUGUUCCUUCACUGGUACCAUCACAUCCUUACAAUGAUCUACGCCUGGUACUCUCAUCCGUUGACUCCCGGAUUCAACAGAUACGGAAUUUACCUCAACUUUGUUGUUCACGCCUUCAUGUAUUCAUACUACUUCCUCCGCUCGAUGAAGAUACGUGUCCCAGGAUUCAUUGCUCAAGCGAUCACAUCCCUUCAGAUUCUCCAAUUCAUCAUCUCAUGCUCCGUCCUUGCUCAUCUUGGUUACAUGAUCAACUUCCAAGGAGCUAAAUGUGAUUUUGACCCAUCUGUGUUCAAACUUGCUGUGUUCAUGGAUACCACUUAUCUUAUCCUCUUCAUCAACUUCUUCUUGCAAUCGUAUGUGUUCCGUGGUGGCAAGGACAAGUACAAGAAAGUCAAGACCAAUUAA